CAAGUCUCGCGAGAGCAGCGGCGGCCCCGCCCGCGCCAGCUCCCCCCCCCCCCUCCCGGUCGCCCGCUCCCCUCAGAGCUAAUAUGGUCGCCAGCGAUGGACCCUGCCAGGCCAGGAAGCCCUUACCAGCCCGCCAUUGAAGCAUUAGGAAGCUAUCCCCAGAAGAAGUUCUACAAUGUUUCAAAGCUUGGAGGCGCCAAGUAUGAUUCUCUGCCUUAUUCCAUCCGAGUGUUGUUUGAAUCCAGUAUCCGUAACUGCGAUGGCUUCUUGGUGAAGGAAACAGAUGCUAUGAACAUCUUAGACUGGAAAACAAAACAGAAUCAUGUUGAAGUGCCCUUCUGUCCUGCCAGAGUUGUUCUUCAAGACUUUACUGGAAUUCCAGCAAUGGUGGACUUUGCUGCCAUGAGGGAAGCUGUGAGAAAUGCUGGAGGAGAUCCUGUGAAAGUCAAUCCUGCCUGCCCAACUGAUCUCACUGUUGACCAUUCUCUGCAGAUUGAUUUCAGCAAAUGUGCAAUACAGAAUGCUCCGAAUCCUGGAGGUGGAGAUUCCCAGAAGGCGGUGUCCAAGCUGUCUCCGCUGCGGGCGCAGCCGCGGAAGGUGCCGUGCCGGGGUCAGACGGGCUGCAGGGGGCCCUGCGGAGCCGCGGAUGGGAGUCGCAACUCGGGGCAGUUUUCCGCGCAGAUUGAGAACACACCCAUCCUCUGUCCCUUCCAUCUGCAGCCAGUGCCUGAGCCUGAGACAGUAUUGAAAAAUCAGGAGAUGGAAUUUGGCAGAAACAGAGAGCGGCUUCAGUUUUUUAAGUGGAGCUCAAAGGUGUUCAAGAAUGUUUCCAUAAUUCCACCUGAGACUGGAAUGGCACACCAAGUUAACUUGGAAUAUUUGUCAAGAGUUGUUUUUGAAGUUAAAGAUCUCCUGUACCCAGAUAGUGUGGUUGGCACAGAUUCACACACGACCAUGGUGAAUGGCUUGGGUAUCUUGGGCUGGGGUGUUGGGGGCAUCGAAACGGAGGCGGUGAUGCUGGGGAUGCCGGUGACCCUGACGCUGCCGGAGGUGGUUGGGUGUGAGCUGACAGGCACUGCCAGCCCACUUGCUACAUCCAUAGACAUUGUUCUGGGCAUCACAAAGCAUCUUAGACAAACUGAUGUUGCUGGAAAGUUUGUUGAGUUUUUUGGGAGUGGAGUUUCCCAGCUGUCUGUAGCAGACCGAACCACAAUAGCAAACAUGUGUCCUGAGUACGGUGCUAUCCUGAGCUUUUUCCCUGUUGAUAAUGUGACACUGAAGCACUUAAAGUAUACAGGUUUUGACAAGGCCAAGCUUGAGGUCAUGGAAGCUUAUCUUAAAGCUGUGAAGUUAUUUAGAAGUGGUGAGAGUUCUUCCAGAGAACCUGAGUAUUCCCAGGUGGUGCAAAUUAAUCUAAGUUCUAUAAUUCCGUAUGUCAGUGGCCCCAAGAGGUCCCAAGAUAGAGUGGCUGUAAAUAACAUGAAAAGUGACUUCCAGGCCUGCUUAAAUGAAAAGUCUGGUGUUAAGGGGUUCCAGGUUGCAGCUGAGAAGCAGGAUGAGAUGGUGCCUGUGCAGUAUGAAGGGAAUGAGUACACGCUGUCUCACGGCUGCAUCGUCAUCGCCGCCGUCAUCAGCUGCACCAACAACUGCAAUCCCUCUGUCAUGCUUGCUGCAGGACUCCUGGCCAAAAAAGCCGUGGAAGCUGGGCUGGGGGUUAAGCCCUACAUAAGAACAAGUUUAUCACCAGGCAGUGGAAUGGUCACACAUUACCUCAGUUCCAGUGGAGUAUUACCAUACCUCAGUAAGCUUGGGUUUGAAGUUGUUGGUUAUGGGUGUUCAACCUGUGUUGGAAACACAGCCCCCUUGCCAGAAGCCAUCAGGAAUGCAAUAAAGCAGGGUGAUAUCAUAGCCUGUGGAGUAUUGUCUGGAACAAAGAACUUCGAAGGACGUCUCUGUGACUGUGUCCGUGCCAACUACCUUGCUUCCCCACCACUAGUAGUUGCUUAUGCUAUUGCAGGCACAGUGAGAAUAGACUUUGAAACUGAGCCUCUGGGCACUGGCUUUAAUGGCAAGAGUAUUUACUUAAGAGAUAUUUGGCCCUCCCGAAGAGAACUCCACACAGUGGAGGAAGAGUGUGUGAUAUCAUCCAUGUUUAAGGAAUUGAAAGAAAAAAUGGAGAAAGGAAACAAACGAUGGAAUUUACUGGAAGCACCUGAGUCAACUUUGUUUCCCUGGGAUUUAAAGUCUACUUAUAUCCGAUGUCCUUCCUUUUUUGAUAAACUUGCCAAAGACCCAGUUUCACCACAACCGAUUGAGAACGCCCACGUCUUGCUCUUCCUGGGAGAUUCUGUAACUACAGAUCACAUCUCUCCUGCUGGAAGCAUUGCCCGGAGCAGUGCUGCUGCUAAGUACCUGACCAACAAAGGACUCACACCUCGUGAAUUCAACUCUUACGGAGCUCGCAGAGGGAAUGAUUCUGUGAUGACAAGAGGCACCUUUGCAAAUAUCAAGCUUCUGAAUAAGUUCAUAGGAAAACCAGCUCCUAGAACAAUUCACUUCCCAUCAGGACAAACGCUAGAUGUGUUUGAAGCAGCAGAGUUGUACCAGAAGGAAGGCAUCCCUGUGAUUAUUCUAGCAGGAAAGAAGUAUGGCCUGGGUAGCUCAAGAGACUGGGCUGCAAAAGGACCUUUUUUACUGGGUGUCAAAGCUGUUCUAGCUGAAAGCUAUGAGAAGGUUCAUAAAAGUCAGUUGAUUGGAAUUGGCAUAGCUCCACUUCAGUUUCUUCCUGGGGAAAAUCCAAGCACUUUGGGUCUUACUGGCAGAGAACAAUUUUCUAUAUUGUUCCCUCCAGAGCUGUCACCUGGAAUGACUUUGGAUGUUAAGACAAGCACUGGAAAAGUCUUCAGUGUGGUUGCCUUGUUUGACAACGAUGUGGAGGUAACACUGUACAGAUCUGGUGGAAACCUGAACUUUGUGGCCCGAAGAUUCUUAUAGUGGCUACUGACUCUGGGUACCUUGCAUAACUGGUAAUUCUGCAAAUGCCUUGUGUGAACCCAGGAAUCUGUACUGUGGAACUGCAAACAGUCCUCGUGUGCUCCAAGUUACUUCGUCCAUGGAUGUAAAAGAUUGUGAAUCAUUGUAACUGCAACGAGAUCCUUCCUGAUUUUAAAUAAUAUUCUAAUGGUGCUAUUAAACAUUGCUAAAAAUCAACAUGUGUAUUGUGGCAGAGAGAGCUGUAAGUAUGGAGGGGAUGUUUUAUCAGACCAUUUUGUAAAUAAACGAUGCGAAAUCUGAAACUGA